AUGUCUGGGUUGCUGGUGGAAUCGCAAUGGAAGGGUAUACCGCGCAGAGCAUCCACUUUUAUCUCCUUCCCAGAAGAAAUUGGAGAUUCCCAGGAACCCCCUCCUCAGCCAAGCACCGAGGGGAACCUGCAAAUUCACCAAGUCAUGUUAGUGGCACAUACUCCAAUCCCGUUAUCACUUACUAAUUACACAAUAGUGAAGCACAGGGAGGGUAACGCUGUCUGAUACUCUGUGCCAGGCUAGUACUGUCUGAUACUCUGUGCCAGGUUAGAUUGUAACGCUGUCUCAUGCUCUGUGCCAGGCUAGUACUGUCUGAUACUCUGUGCCAGGUUAGAUUGUAACACUGUCUGUCUGAUACUCAGUGCCAGGCUAGUACUGUCUGAUACUCUGUGCCAGGUUAGAAUGUAACACUGUCUGAUACUCUGUGCCAGGUUAGAUUUUGAUGCUGUCUGAUACUCUGUGCCAGGUUCGAUCGUAACACUGUCUGAAACUCUUUGCCAGGUUAAAUUGUAAAGCUGUCUGAUAUUCUGUGCCAGGCUAGUACUGUCUGAUACUCUGUGCCAGGUUAGAUUGUAACUCUCUCUGAUACUCUGUGCCAGGUUACACUGUCUGAUACUCUGUGCCAGGUUAGAUUGUAACACUGUCUGAUACACUGUGCCAGGUUAGAUCAUAACACUGUCUGAUAUUCUGUGCCAGGCUAGUACUGUCUGAUACUCUGUGCCAGGUUAGAUUGUGAUGCUGUCUGAAACUCUGUGUCCCAGGUUAGUACUGUCUGAUACGGUGUCUUAGGUUAGUACUGUCUGAUACGGUGUCCCAGGUUAGUACUGUCUGAUACGGUGUCCCAGGUUAGUUGGUAACACUGAUACUUUUUCUUACCUGAUAAAUAUCGUUCUGUCUGACACUCCAUUUGUACUCGCUUAGUUUCCAUCCUUGUUUGACAUGCUGGAUUUUCUUUCUUUCAGUGAAUGUGGGAAGGAGAUGUUGAGCUGCCAGUUUAAUCCGUCUGGGGUCAUGCUAGCUGUCGGACUAAUCAAUGGCUCAAUACAGGUAACAUGCAGAGAUUUUAUAUUUUAGGUCAGAAUGCCUGUUCUAGAGGAGCGAUGAGGUGGAGUAUUGUCUCUGUGGUUAUACGCUGUAUAAGACAGCUGUAUCACUUACUGGGUUACAUAAUUCAAGUAAAGUCACAUUUUAUAACAAAAUAGCUGAAUCAGAAAUGUCCUCCAGUGUCUAACCUCAUCAGGGUCACUGGGGGGUCCCAGUAUCAGAUCUGACUGGUGUAUAAUGCUGUAUAUAAGACACGCUGGUAUACUCCAUGUGAGGUGGGAGUAUCUCAUUGUCCCUGUAGGUGGGAGUAUCUCAUUGUCUCUGCAGGUAUACUCUGUGUGAGGUGAGCGCAGUAGAUAACUUAUUGUCUCUGCAGGUAUACUCGGUGUCUGAUGGGACCUGCGUGCACACUUUGCAGGAUGAUCAGUCGGUCACAGCUGUCACUGCCCUUCGAUUUCUACCCCACCGUCAUAUGUCUCAGGGAGACAUGCUACUCGCCUCAUGUACGUUCAAUAUGUUUGUCCACCUUCAGUCUAAGAGCUAGAUUCUAUAUUCUGAUAACUUCUAUGGGAAACAUUCUUUUCAAUGACAAGGGACGAGUGUCACCUAUUGAAUCUAGUCUUGUAUCUGAUCCCAACUCUCUCUGUCUCAUCCUGUUUCCUCCUAAUUCCAUAUCUUUUCUAUCCUCUGUGUCCCACUCCUUACACACUGAGUAUUUCAUUUCUCCUGCUGUUUGUUCUCCACUCACAGAUGCUGGGGGCCAUGUGAAAUUCUGGCACAUACCCACUCAGAGCUGCGUCCGUACCCUCUCUGAGGACAGACAGACACUGACAAUUGCCAUCAAUCCAUCUGGCAGCCACUUCCUUACGGCAGGCUCCAGUGACGAUAUCCUUGUGUAUGACACAGAGUCUAUGACCUGCGUGAACAUCUGCCAACCCAGGUCUGACUGGUCAUCUCCACUCCACGUCUAUCCAAUUCUUACUUAAACAAUCCAUCUCAUUUCAUUCUUAAACAAUGUAACACUGACUUCUUUUAAGUAGAUAUUUUCUUCCCAGCAUGCACAGGGCCACUUCUUAUUCGCUAUUCAUCCUAUGUGGUUUUAAAGCUUUCACAGGUGUUGUGGGACAAUUUUAGUCUAGUUGUAGAUUUUACAGCACAUGGAUCCUUUAUUUAUUGAUAGAUGGAUAGAUACUGUAUGGAUAGAUACAUAGAUAAUGGAUGGAUAGAUUCUGUAUGGAUAGUGUGGCGAACAGAACCUCGCCACAGGCUUUUUGAGGAGCCUGCUUGCCAGCCUUCUGCCCUAGGACUAUGGCCACUGCAAUAGACCUGGCUAAAAUACUUUAAAAAGACUCUGUUCGUGAAAUUAGGUUUAUAUGGUUCGGUUACCGAACAACCACAUGAACCGGAGACCACCCUGGAGCUUGUUAAGCCUAAUUGAUACUUUUUAACAUUUCCACCGCAGUGUUCUAAGUGUUUCUCUGGUUGGCCGCAGUUCCUAUGGGCGACCGCAAGGUGGCGGCCAUCUUGUUCACAUGAAAACAGGCAGCGGUGUUUGGUCGUCGAGUUCAUGGAACUAUUUUCGGACACUGAAACUCCCGAACACCGCUGGACUUCCAUGAUCACCUGUGUUCGGUUUUAUAACACUUAGGACGACAAUGUUCGGUGGAAUCGUUCGUAUGAAUAAGGUGAACAAGCUCCAGGGUAGAACUAUGGAUUCAGUUCGGUAGUUCACUUUUUAAACUAUCGAACUAGACUGACCGCAAGCCCCGAUUCUAUGGAACUGUUUUGGGCAUGGGACCAUGCGUUCGGUCGGUCAAAUAAAUGACUUACAGGAAAUUCCUGAACCCCUGAACUGAUCUGGGUGACUUUUGGAUAUGUUGGUCACCCAGAUCAGGGCUAUCAGGGGAUGGAACUGUGGAGUUUUAUAUAUUUUAAGGUACUUUUUGGGGUGUUUGGGGGAAAAAGUGUUUUUCUGUGCUUGGAGAUAAUUGGAUUAGAUUAGUACAGUUCCUGAUCCAAUUGUCUCCCAGGCACAGAGGAGGGAUCGUCUCAUUAUGUAUGGGAAUGUCUUGGACCUGAGAGCCAAUGUAAUUGUGUAUUUGUUUCUGCUGUAGUUUACUCUCAGGUCCAGGGGGGAGUGCCCCUUGCAUGUGGACUGUCAUACAAGGCCAGUUGUGGCUACCAAUAAAUGAGUUCCAGUUUUACCCUCAACACAGACUAGUCUCGUGCUUGUAGGGAACAGCUAUAAAAGCUAUUUCACGGUGUUUUAGGAUUAUCGCAGCUCUACUCACACUAAGGGCAAAAAAAACCCUCUUCCCAUCGAGGUGUCUGCCACAGAUUGAUAGAUACAUACUAGAUAGAACAUUUAUAUCUAAUUUUUUUUUUUUUUUUUUUUUAUUGCUCCCCUUGUCACCCUCAGCUCCUCUCUGUCUGUUAUGGACGGACACCGAUCUCGUAUCUUCGGCUUGAGCUUUAACCCAAACAGUGAAGAAGAGUUCAUAUCUGGAGGUUGGGAUGACACUAUACAGGUGAGUUUCAGAUUAUAUUAUCAGGAGAUUCAGUUAGAAAAGCCCUUCAUUUACUCAAACUAUUUCUUUCACUUUUCCAGUUUUGGAACAUCCACCAACAACAUUCACUGCGGUAAUAUGUUUAUUUCUAAUGAAUGCUACUCUACCUACAAGUAGUUAAUAGGUUAAUCCCAUUCACUGCUUAUUACCCUGGGUUUAAUUCCUCACUGAGUUAAAAUCUUCUUUAUUUCCUAUCAGAAAAAUCUGUGGCCCUCAUGUUUGUGGGGACUCUCUGCAUAUUGAUCCAGUAACCAAUCAGAUCCUAAUCGGAUCCUGGCGGAAACUGGAAAAUCUACAGGUAAGUCGUAUUGGAGAAUGGAACAUAGACAGAAUGGAAAUCAGAGGACGGACAGAUUGCAGAAUGGAAACCAGAGGACGGACUGACUGACAGAUUGCAGAAUGGAAACCAGGGGACGGACAAUGGGUGCAUUAGUGAUUUGACCCCAUGGAGAAAGGCAGAGAGGAACCUUGUAGCUAUAACCUGUUACUUUUGUAAUCAGGUGGAUUUUUGGAGCAUGUUAAUAGUUAUUUCCACUUCAUUUAUUUGUCAAACCAAGACGUAGCAGUUGCUGUCUCUUACAAUAUAUCUAUAGAUAUAGAAGUAGAUAAAUUCCAGCACUCCAGGACUGACUUGUGACAAUAAAUCUGUGUGCUGUACAAAUACAGGAGUGCUGGUAUAUAUCUACUUUUAUAUCAGUGUGGCUGGGCACCCGGUAUCGUCUAGGCUGGAGGUAGCCAUGCAGAAGUGUUUUAGUAUGUAUGUAUGUAUUUAUAUUAUUUUCUCUUAUAUUGUUCCAUCAGAUUUGGGAUUAUGCCACUGGACAGAAAAUUAGCACUGUGCCCGAUGAUUACAGGGGUCCCUGCAGGGUGAGCAUACAUGAUCUGAAAAAAUUGCUUAAUUCUAUGAAAACUAAAUUCUCCUGACUCCUGUACCCGCUCUGUUUAUUUCUGCCUUUCAUGUCUACAAUUAUUACUGCCCUGUUAAUCAUGGUUAUCUUGCCUCUAAGGUAUACAGCUGCCGUUGGCUUGGCUCUGAUCACAUGAUUGCAGCCGGAAGUGACAUCAACAUGUGCCGAAUUAUUGAUUGCAAUUCUUUUUUGGUAUGUCCACCUUGUUUAUAGAUUCUCUGUCAUGUUCCUGCCACAACGAAGGUUACUUAAUAGUUUUCGACUCUCAAGGUUUUAGUGGACUAAAGUGCAUGUGUCAUGUGAUAUGUAUUAGAAAUGCUAAACAUUUUGUAUGCCCUUGUCCCUUCCUGAAGCCCCAUGUCUUAUUAUCCCAGUUCUGCAUCUAUUGUGUUUAUCUUCUUUCCAUCCGUCAGACUCGAGGCCGUUUGAUUGACCUACCAAGCGGGAUUUACAGCAUGGAUGUCUUUUCCUUCAGUCCCACAGUCUCCCCUCUUAUAGCGGUGACCUCUGGUCAGAGCAUCUUCCUGCUGCGCUCAACGCUAAGAGUUAACGCCACUAGCACUGAUUCCUUUUUUAGUUAUUCGUCAGAGGAGAAUCCCAUAUAG